AUGAGAGAGCAAGGGCUAAAUAUGCAUCGUUGCCUGAAGAAGAAAAAGAGCGAGAGGGAGAAAAACGCUGAGAUGCUUAUAAGAGAAGAAAACAACAGGCCUGUGAGGAUGAAGCUAGCAGAUCAACCAGUGAUAUGCAGUAGCUGUACUGCCCUGUUGACAGAUGCUAUCAAUGAUUUACCAAGCGUGACUAUAGCCGAAGGAUCUUCAUCUUCAUUAGCUGUGAACACUCAGAAAUCCUCCACUCAGAGGAAGAUAUUGAACCAGAUGACAGGUAGCUCUGUGACUAAAGGAACUGAAUUGUUAUCCUCCGUUAUCUUAGAAGUUGAUACUUUACCUGAAGUAGAUGACUGUAAGUAUUGCGGGGCGAAAAAAUUCUUUUCAGAGACUGCUAAUUUUUGCUGCUCAGAUGGAGAGGUAGUGUUGAAAGAAAAUAAGCUUCCAGACAUAUUGAUUGAAUUGUUUACGGGGCAAACUGAAGAAGCUUUGUGUUUUAGGACAUAUGUACGAACCUAUAACAACAUGUUUGCCUUUACGUCAUUUGGGGUUCACUAUAACAAGUCAUUAUGUAAGAGGACAAAUGGGAUAUAUACAUUCAAGAUACAGGGACGGACUUAUCACUACAUUAAUCAACUUAUACCUCAUGGAGGAUCGGGGAUGUUCUUACAACUAUAUUUCCAUGACACUGAACAUGAGCUUGCGAACCGAAUGGCAUUUUCUGCAAAACUCAGCGAGGCCAUGGUCUUAAAGCUCAUAGAAGUGAUGAAAAAUAACCCAUAUGCUCGCUUCUUCCGUAGUCUGCAUCAUGUCCCUAAUUUAGAAUCCCACCAAAUAGUUCUCAAAACCCAUUGUGAUAGUGAUCAAAGGGUGUUUAACAAGCCAGCUGUAUCUCAAAUAGCAGCGCUUUGGGUAGAGGGUGAAGGUGCGGAGCAAACAUAUUCAAGGCAUAUUCAAGUGUACACUAAUGGUGGAGAAAGCCGUAGAGUUCAAUACUACUAUGGUUGUUACGAUCCUUUGCAGUACCCUCUAUUAUUUCCCCUAGGUGAGACAGGGUGGCAACCAGGAAUUAAGAGAUCGGGGACUGGGAACCCAAAAAAACGAAAGAGAUGUACUAAACAUUACACAGAUAAUGCAACUUUACACAAUUUCAGAUUUGCCGAUGAAGUGAUACAACCUGAGGAACAAGCUUUCAGCCAAUUUGAAGACUCAAAAGAAUAUGGGUCGAUGAGGGAAUAUUAUGCAUAUAGGUUUCAGAUGAGAAAACAAAAUACACCUGGUAUUUUGAACACUGUUCGAGCAUUCCAACAGUAUGUAGUCGACAUGUACGUGAAAAUAGAAACACAAAGACUCGACUUCCAUAGGAAGAGACAGAAAUUAAUAAGAACUGAACAGCUCCAAGGAGUAAUGGACUCUGUUGUUGAAGGGGAGGCUAAGGGUUCGAAUGUUGGCCAACGAGUGAUCUUGCCUGCUUCAUUUAUAGGAGGACCUCGAGAUAUGAAAAGGCGUUAUGUUGACGCCAUGAGUUUGGUACAAAAGUAUGGAAAGCCUGACCUCUUUUUGAUAAUGACUUGUAAUCCUUCAUGGCCAGAAAUAAAAAAAAAUAUGCUGCCAACAGAUGAAUCACAAAAUAAAGUUGAUUUAUGUGCUAGAGUGUUCCAUGCAAAACUUGAAUUACUGAAAGAGGAGCUCUUUAAAAAAGAAAUUUUUGGAAAAGUUGCAGCUUAUACCUAUGUUGUAGAAUUCCAAAAACGUGGAUUACCCCAUGCUCAUUUCCUUAUCAUUUUACACCCUGCUUCAAAACUUUACUCAACGGAGUCAUAUGAUCAAAUUGUAUCUGCUGAAUUACCUGAUCCGGUGGAACAGAAACAUUUAUUUAAAAUGGUCCGGAAACAUAUGAUACAUGGCCCAUGUGGUGACAAAAAGCCUGAAAAUGUUUGUAUGCAAGGAACUACCACCAAAAAAUGUAAGAACAAAUAUCCUAAAGAUUGGGCAGAGAAGACAUUGCAUGGGGAAAACUCUUAUCCAACUUAUAGACGACGACAUAAUAAAAGAAAAGUCUUUGUACGAGGUCAUGAGUUGGACAAUAGAUGGGUUGUUCCAUACAAUGCAUAUUUUCUAGCAAAAUUUAAUUGCCACAUUAAUGUAGAAAUCUGCUCAACAAUAAAAGUGGUGAAAUAUACAUACAAAUACAUAGACAAGGGUCAUGACAAAAUUCAUUUCUUUGUCAAUUCUGAAGCUAAAUCUUUUGAAAUAGAUGAAAUCAAAGAAUACCAGGCAGUAAGGUGGGUUUUCUCGAUAGAGGCAAUUUGGCGAAUUUAUAGGUUUCCCUUGUUUGAUAUACAUCCUGCAGUCAUCCAUCUUCAACUCCACUUAGAAAAUUAUCAAUCAUUAACUUUUAAAGAUGAUGCUGAUCUCCGAGAUUUGAUAAAAAACAAGCAUGCAAAAAAGAGUAUGUUGACUGAGUUUUUUAGAAUGAAUGCUACUGAUGAAACAGCAAAGACGCUGAAAUGCACCUACAAAGAAUUCCCUGAAUACUUUGUAUGGUACCCUGGGAAAAAGUUGUGGGAGGUUAGAAAACAAACAGACUGCAUUGGGAGAAUAGUGACUGCAAACCCAACAGAGGGAGAGCGAUAUUUCUUAAGGCUACUGUUGCUAAAUGUAAAAGGGCCUAAGUCAUUUGCUGACCUGAAAUCAUUCAAUGGAGUUUGUGUGAACACAUUUAGAGAGGCUGCAAUCAUGAGGGGUUUAUUUGAGUCAAACAAUCCUCAAGGGCAAUGUCUAGAAGAGGCAGCCUUGUUUCACAUGCCUUACAGUUUUAGGAGGUUAUUUGCUACAUUAUUAGUCUAUUUUCCUCCUGCUGAUGCUAGAUCAUUAUGGUUGAAGUUUAAAGGCUCCAUGUCAGAGGAUUUUGCUAGAUUACCCUAUCUAUCUGCUGAGGAAAAGGAGCACAAGGUCCUUCAUGAAAUCAACAAAUUUUUAGAGUCAAUAGGAAAGAACAUCAAUACAUAUUCUUUAGUUCAUAGAGUGCUGAAAUUUGAUCAGGCUGGAAAAAGUACACGAGAUACAAUGAGUGAAAUGAGCAUAAAAGUCACAGAAAAUGAUAUAUCUGCAAUAUCAUUAUUAAAUAAGGAGCAGAAAGCAGCAUUUAAUUUGAUCAUUGAAGCUAUCUUUGUGAAAAGUAAGGGUUGCUUUUUCGUUGAUGGCCCUGGGGGAAUAGGGAAAACAUUUCUAUAUAGAGCAUUAUUAGCAGAAGUGAGGUCAAAAGGAUACAUAGCAUUAGCCACUGCUUCAUGUGGAGUUGCAGCAGCUAUACUUCCAGGAGGUCGAACUGCACAUUCUCGUUUCAAAAUUCCGCUAGACAUGAACCCAAAUAAGAUGUGCAAAGUGAGUAAACAAAGUUCAUUAGCAAAGUUACUACAACGAGCAAAAUUAAUAAUUUGGGAUGAAGCACCGAUGACACAUAAAGCUGGAAUUGAGGGAGUUGAUAAAUUAUUCAGGGAUCUAAUGGACAGCUCUGAGAUUUUUGGAUCAAAGGUCAUUGUUUUUGGAGGAGAUUUCAGACAAGUAUUACCAGUUAUUGUUAGAGGGUCAAAAUAUGAUUUUGUUCAGUCCAGUUUAAUAACAUCUUAUAUCUGGCCCGAACUCAAAAGAUAUAAUUGA